GCCCUGCCCCCGCCGGUCUCCAUGGUGACCGGGCAGGGCUCGCAUCAUGUCCGCCGUCUCUAAGGUGGUCCUCGGCGUCUCUGUGGCGGUGACAGCGGGCACGGUGGCCGGGGUCCACCUGAGGCAGCAGCUGGACAGGGAGAAAUUGCGAGAAGGAGUAUUCCGAGAUCUUGAACGACAAGAGCAUAAAAAAAAGAAUCUUCGACUGUUGGAAGAACAAAUUAUUCUGACAAACCAGCUGGAAGCAGAUCGAGUGGCAUCUGAGAGCAUCCAGAAAUCUGAGAAGCAUAAAUCUGAUUUUUGA